UCCAGUCAUGCCAGACGAUCGCUCGCCAUUGCUUCCGUCGUCCAGCGAGCACCCGUCCGCCGCUUCGUCGUCGUCGUCUGCUUCAUCAACUGGAAGCAGCAGUCGACGUGGACAGCAGAAGCAGCAGAAGCAGCAGAAGCAGCAGCAGCAGUCCAGGCGUCGACUUCAGCCGCAGCCGCGUGAGGCAUCUGAUGCGCAGAACAGCGACGACGACGACGAUGAGGACGCCGCCGAGCCGACCGACGGGCUUCUUGUGAACAACCCGUACUACUCCAUCCAAGGCGCAUCGCAGCCCAGCGAGGUCGUCAGCAGCAGCACCGUCAGCAGCAGCAGCAGGGCGGGACUCAUGCAUGGGGAUCGUGACCAGCAGCAGCAGCGAACCGCCUCGUCUGCUGCUUCGUCUGGUGCUACUACGACUACUACUACUACUUCUACAACUACUGCUGCUGCUGCUGCUUCGUCCAGCAGUCUGCAGGUGGGCGACGAGACGCGGUCGGCGGCGGCUGCGGCUGCACUGUCGAGGCAUUCGCCAACACCGCAGACGACAGGAUCGCUGCUGGGACCUCACAGUGCUGGUGCUGGGCCCCACUAUGGUGCAACGGGCACUACCACGAGCAAUGCUGCUACUGGCUCGUCAAGCAGCGCGUUGGCUGGCAAGUCCAAGCACGGGCACUCGCGCCACCCGUCUACGUCCUCGGAUACGUCCGCUGGACUGCCACGCGUUGCGAGCGCGCACUCGUUGACUGGAACUGGCCGCGAUCACAGCCCGAGCAAUGCUGCAUUGUCAACCUCGUCCUCGGAUCCGCAUCUGCUCAGUACGCACUCAAUCACAAGCAAGAGUGGCGAACGCAGGCCCCUCAACUACACACCAACCAGCUCGCCGACUCCCGCGUCCGCCAUGUACAGCCGCUACAAGUACUACAACAAGCUUGCCCCUGCCGAAGUUGAGACUCUGCGGAUACCCAACCAUGUUUUGCCGCCCAAUUUGUUCAUUCUGUCAGCAAUUGGCGGCAAGGCGUCGAAGCCAUCGCAGUCGAGUCUUGUCACCAUCCUCUCGAUCUGGAACACCAUGAUCGGAACAUCCAUGCUCUCCAUGCCUUGGGCAAUCCAACAAGCGGGAUUCUCUCUUGCCAUCAUUACCAUGAUUGCCAUGGCCUUGAUCACGCUGUACACUUGCACGCUCGUGGUUCGUCACGGCAAUGGUGGAUUUGGUCCCAAGGGUGAAGAAGUCGAACUGCCAGAGGUUGCUCAGCAAUUCCUGGGUCGAAAAGGAUUCUACGUCGCCAUCACAUUUGCCUUGGUCACUUAUGUUGGCGCGCAAAUUGUGUAUUGGGUGUUGAUGUCUGGAUUCUUGUUUGCCACGGUUGAUUACAUCCACGAUCACGGAAACAGCAACUCCUCUAGUACAUCGUCAGAUACCUUCAGCGAGUACUGGAACAAUACCUACGCUCCUUUGUAUUUGGUUGUGUUGCUGUUCCCCCUUUGCAGCUUCAAGUCCCUGACCUUCUUCACCAAGUUCAACUCGUUCGGAGUCGUUUCGAUUGCCUACAUCAUCUUCUUUGUGCUCUACAAGGGCGCCGAAAGUGGCGUGCACUUUGACCACGUUAAAGAGUUUGACGGGCACUUUAUUUCUCUCGCUGGUGUCUUGACCCUGUCCUUCUUUAUGCACAAUGGCAGUUUGUCCAUUGUGCGCAACAACCGCAACCCGGCCAACAAUGUUCGCGAUCUCAGCAUUGCAUACGGUCUUGUGGCCAUGACCUACGCCGUGGUUGGAUUUAUCUUCUUUAUCACUUUUGAUGGCGAUAAAGAUAAGAUUACCUCCAAUCUGCUCGAGAACUUCCAAAAGAGCGACGUCAUGGCGCUUGUUGCACGCUGCUUCCUGCUGUUCCAGAUGAUUACAGUAUUCCCCCUGCUCAUGUACAUUGUGCGCUUCCAGUUCAUGAAUUCCUUCUUUGGUAGUCCGUACCCGAGCUUCUUCAAAGUAACUGUGCUCAACGCAGUCAUCACCGCUGCAUGUGUCACGAUGGCUAUCGUGUACCCAAACAUCGGCGACAUUAUUCGGUUCACUGGAGCUUUCAGCGGGUUGGCGCUCGUGUUUGCUCUUCCAUGCCUCAUUCAUCUCGAAGCGCUGCGUCGCGCAAACAAGUUGACGCGCACUCAGCUCGUUCUGCACUGGGGCUUGAUUGUCCUUGGCGCUGGCAAUUUGAUUGGCCAGUUUGCGGUUCUUUGAUUUUGAGCAUUUUGUUUUUGGUUUGCUCGUGCAUCCUCCUUGCGUUUUGACGUUAACAUGUCUUGCCAUUUAUUAAAAUUCGUUUAGAAUACAAGUUCGC